ACAACAGUAAAAUCGGGGUUUUAACAAAUUUGUGAAACUUUCAGUUUUAAAUACUUAGCUUUUUUAUAUAAAUUUAGGCAUUGUUUAUUAUGCCUUUAACAGCAGAAGAAAAGAAACAGCGUAAAGCUCAGAAAAAAGCAACUAAACUUAAGGAAGCUGAAGAGAUUAGAAUAAAAACUAGGAAGGGUGAAUUAUCUCGCGAGACUAGUUACAGUCAGAAGAACUUGUCAAAAUACUUGAAGGAAUGGUACACAAAACAUUUUACAAAACGCUUUCCUCAGAUAAAGGAAGAUAUGGAAGAAGCAUGGAGUACUUUUGAGCAUGCAAUGGAUCUUAAGGACUUUAUAAUUAAUGUGCUAGCAGACAACAUUGAUGAAUCAAAAACACAAGAGGCAAUGUCUUGGCAGGAUUAUAGCUUGAAGAUGGACAAAUUGCUAGGAGAUUUUCAUCAGAAAAUUAUAAAGUUAAAACAAGAGUUUGAUCUGGAUGUAAAGCUUUGUCUGGAUGGUGUACGAGAAAACCUCGAGUUCAAUAAUCAAACUCAAGAGGAACUUGAGGACUACUACAAAACUAUACUAUUUAUGAUGGAGGAACGGUUUAAUGAGGCUAUGGCCAUAGCUCAAGGUGAGUAUUUAACUAAAAGAGACGAAGAAAGUAAAAGAGGGAUCCAGUGUGUCGAAGAAAUGAGUGGUGGAUUAGAAAAGAAUCUUCAAACAGUGAUUGGAAAUAUAUCAGACACACUAGAGGAGUACAAGACUGCAACGGAUACACGUAGAAAAGAACUAGAAACUUUAAAGAUUAAAGAUCAAUUUUAUAACAGCAUGAUUACUCAGCAGAACAGUAGGAUGGCGAAACUUUUAGAUGAAAUGAGUACUUUGCAAAUUCAACUAAGUGAAAAACAAGCAUCCAAAACCUCACUUAAAGACCUAAAAAAAGAUAAGGAGGAAACGUAUGCUGAGUAUAUUGAGGCUCGAAAAAGUCUGAUUACAGAUGCUUCAUUAGACGAGAGCCAGCUGUUAAUACUUACUGAGGAGAGUAAUGAUGUCAUCAAAAAUCUAGAACAUAUUUUAGAGAAAGGAGAAAAAUUAGUGCGAUUAGGAAAUUUAUGUACAAGAUUGGAAACUCAGGAGGAGAAGGUGCUGCCUUUUGGGGUUUCAAAAGAAGCACUAGAAGAAGUAAAAGAACAAGAUUGCAGCAUACUUAAUAGCUUCAUGAGACGAUUAGCUCAUGCUAAUCUAGUAAAACAAAAAUUGGAAUCAACAUUGUAUGAACUUUCCAGAGAAAAUAGUGAGCUACAAGAAUCUUUGAAAACCGUUUUAGAGAUCAUGGCUUUGUCACGAAAUUGAUUACACGUAUGCGUCCUCAAAAUAAAUAACCUUUGUAUGUA